AUGAGUAUAAUAAGUGACGAGAGUGAAAUGGACUUAGAGAAGUGUGUGCAGACAUUUGAAGAGGAGGAAAUAGAAUUGCCAGAGGACAGUUCUGGUGGAAAGUUGACAUACUUCCUUGCCCCAUAUUUCUUCGAAAAAAAAUGGAUAUCCGACAUCAUAUUUCCUCUUUUCGGUGCACUUUUGGUAUUAUUGAUACGGUUGGCGUACUUUAGUCUGCGCGACUAUUUUGAUACUCAACUUGAAAUGAAACCUUCUGACAUAUUUUCUCCUUUAUGGAUGAUCAUUCAUUAUCUCCUAUGCUUUACUACGUGUUUUGUGAACUUCAUCUAUCAUAGGAAAAACUUUAAUAUUGAGACAAAAGCGCUCCAAAAGUUAUUGAAGGAAGUGGCUGAAAUGGACCUGACCGGGGAUCCAGCAGCUUGGCAGAGAAUUGCAUCUAGAGUUAAUCACUUUUCUGAAGAGGGGGGACAUCAUUAUCCUCUUUUUUACAGUGGGGAGCAUUGUAUGCGAUUUUUUGUGAGAGAAAUCGUAAAACCAAUAGAGCGUCAGACGUACGACAUCAGGUGUUAUCAAGAAGGAAGUACGGUAGUAAAUUUUUGGAAAAAUCCACCAAAUAAAGCGCUUACUGAGAGAGCACUUGCGAAUUAUAACAAGUGCGUUGAAAGUUUUGGUAAAUUAUCACAUACGGCAGAAAAAGAUGAAUUUAGAGAUGGUAUUUUCGAGAAGUUUCAUAGUAUCUUCAACACCUCAUUGUUUUACUUGGUGAUAAUAGAAUAUGUGUCCUUUGUGAUUAUGGCACUGGCCCUCAUUGUCCUGCUGAUUUCUCGUGCUAUUUUUGAUUUAUUCGCUACCCCUCAUUAG